AUGUCUGAUUAUGAGGAAGCUUUCAACGAUGGUGGUAAUGAAAAUUUUGAAGAUUUUGACGUAGAACAUUUCUCCGAUGAAGAUAAUUUUAACGAUGUUAAUGGUAACGGUGGAGCUGUCGAUGGUACUGGGCUCCCACAAGGUGAUGGGCCCAAGGCUGAGAAUGGAGAUAAUAUAGUGGCAAGUAAUAUGGGAGGUGAAGAGUUUACCAGCGAACAGAAUAGAAGAAAAACUCUCAAAGAGAAGGCAAUCCCCAAGGAUGAAAGAACCACGACGCCGUACAUGACCAAAUAUGAGAGAGCUAGAAUUCUUGGUACUAGAGCAUUACAAAUAUCAAUGAACGCACCUGUCUUUGUCGAUUUAGAAGGUGAAACUGAUCCAUUAAGAAUUGCCAUGAAAGAGCUAGCUGAGAAGAAAAUUCCGCUAGUUAUUAGAAGGUAUAUGCCCGAUGGUUCUUUUGAAGAUUGGAGUGUAGAGGAGCUAAUCGUCGAUUUGUAA